CUCGGCCAGCUACGUGCACUUAUCACACUGUUUAUAUACGCGAAGCCGCUAGAGGUCGCAUGGAAUAUGUAGACAGGACGCAGUCAGGUUUCUCUUUAACCGUAAAGAUGUGUUUAGAACUAUAGUAUAACGUGUACCAUUGAUAUGGCACAGAUUCUGACCGUUGUCCUGUUAGUUUUCGCCAUGUCAACUGUGAGGUGUAGGAAAUGGGUAGGUAAUACCUUCUUUCCUAUCACAAUGAUGUUUAGCCUCGCUCGAGUAAAUCCGGCUUGGUUUCCUAACUAUCGACUUCCGCAUCGCGAGUCGAGCGCCGUGUCAGGGAAACGCCAAAGGGUUAUGAUGAGACUUAGUUUAUCCAUAUGAAUGUGCUAGGGCGGUAGAAAUAUCUUCGCAUUAAAAAAUGUAA